CGAGCGGCGCUUCAGGUCCGAAAAAGUAUCGUCAUGAAGUUCGCGCUGGCGUGUCUGAUGCUGUCAGUGAUGGCUCUCGUGGUUUCUGCGCGCAACGAGCAUCAUUGUAAGAAGAGCGACGCCGAAAUGAAGAAACUAAUAGCCUGCGUUAUAGCGAAGGUUCCAGACGCUAGCAGUUUCUACGACACGCUCGACAAAAUGAUCAAGGAACUCGGAUGCACUGAAAGGCUCUGCGCCGUGCGAAAGCUGUGCGGCCACGAAGAUGUGGAGGGGGCCUUCAAGAAAUAUAUUACAGCUGCUCAGCUUGAACUGCUGCAUGGCCUGGUAGACAGCUGUUCCCACUGAAGCGAUCGUUGCUCCCCGCAAGAUUCCCACUAAAAUAAAAAUAAUAGAAA